GGAAAAAAGGCAACCUAUAUAUUUAUUACUCUGUUCAACCUAAUCAGUCAGCAUUCUCCAUGUUUAAUCAUUUGAAUCAGUCUCCCACACUCUACACAGAGGCUUUGUACAGAUAAUAGACAUUUCUUUAAAACUAUAAUCGAGCAUUGUUUUUUUAUUAGAAAGAUGCAUGAUAUUGUAUUUGUUCCAAUUGGUUAUCUGACCAAAACUGUUGCAUGGAAGAAAUGGUUGCACCAUGUAGUGAAAAAGUUGCGAAAUUGGGAGUUGAAAGAAGGUGCUAUAGUCUGUAAGAAUGGCAAUGUGAUUGCUGUAUCUCACCAAUUUCAUAUCAACAUGAAUGAAUUUAAGGAAAUAAUUUGCUGUUUUGUUUAUCAAGAUGUUGAGAUGGUUUCACUAAUGGGAAUAACAUAUUGCAUAAAAAGUAUUUCUGAUUCUCAGCUAGUUGCCUUCAAUGGCAAACAUUAUUUGAUUGUCAGUCAAACAGAAUCAAUGUUUAUAUUCUUUAAAUGUACCACAAGAUUAAAAAGUAUUUUAGUAGCAGACUGGUUGAAGAAAACAGCACAGAAAAUUCAAGAAAGACAUUACUAGAUUGUUGUGGUCAAUAGACGGUUUCUAUCUAAAAUAGUCCAUUCAAGAAUCUUAAAGUGUACCACAAGAUAUAAAAGUACUUUAGUAGCAGACUGGUUGAAGAAAAUGGCACAGAACAUUUAAAAAGACACUACUAGAUUGUUGUGGUCAAUAGAUGGUUUCUGUUUAAAACAGACCAUUCAGGAAUUUUAAAGAGGAUCACAAGAGAUAAAAGUAUUUUAGUAGCAGACUGGUUGAAGAAAACAGCACAGAACAUUCAAGAAAGACACUACUAUAUUGUUGUGGUAAAAAGAUGAUUUCUAUUUAAAACUAUCCUUUCAACAAUCUUGAUGCAUACCACAAGAUUUAAAAGUCUUUUGGUAACAAAUUGGUAAAGAAAACUGCUCUAAAACAUGAGAAUCUUCAGCAAUAAUACUACAGAAUGGUUUUACUUCCAAGAACCUUUGAUUCUACUGCAAAAUGACAAAAGAAUAUUUUGGUUAUAAUCACAUGAAAAAAGAAUCAUUAGGAAAUAUACUACAAGAUGCGUAGUGAUGAAUUCUCUUGCACAAAGAUUCUCUCCAGAAUCUUCAAAUAGACCAUAAUAUUUAGAAGUACUGUGUUAACAAACUUUUCAAGGAAAAUUGCCAUGAAACUUUAGAAAGUCACUAUAAGACUUAUUGUAUUCAGCCUGUAUUUAAAAAAAAAAAAUUCUUUCUGAAAUAGUCAAGGUUUGAUUGAAAAUGAGAAAAAUCUUAUUUUUUCACUGAGCCUGACUAACUUGCAUUAAGUCUUCAAGUAUCUCAUCUAUAUCUGGUUCACUUUGGAAUUGUCAAGAGGUUAGACAUGACCACAGUGUAAGUACUUCCAUCAUGCUCCAAUAUCAUGGAAAUACUUGAAGAUAACAUUGUAAGCUGAUGAAACACACACUGAUUUUACAGUGCUCCUUAGGAAUGAGAACCCAGGUUUGAAAUUCCCCCAAGACACCUGAUGAAGGCUGGAGGGUAUACCAGCUGAAACGUGUUAAUAACAAACAAAACGAGGACAAAUAUCCGUCAAAUGUAAAUAAUUCCUCAUCUCUCAAAUAUAGACCUGUAUCACUGGAGUCAGUUAUCAACUAGGGGCUACCAAGAUGGUCGUCCGACACCCUACUAGCUCAGCCGCUCCAUCAUGCUAAGAACCCCUUAAUGAUAGAAUGAAUUGCAUGGUAGGGGUUAAAACCCCAUUAUCAUCAUAAUGGUCACUAUUGUUGUCCUCCUCCUCCUCCUCCUCCUCCUCAUUACUACCACUACCACUGGCACUGUAACCAUCACCCUCGUCAUCAUCCUUAUUACCGCCCCCUCACCAUCAUCAUCAUCAUCAUCAUCAUCAUCAUCAGCAUCUUCAUUGUCAUUAUCAUCAUCGUAGUUGUCGUCAUUAUCAUCAUCAUCACCAUCAUCACCAUUAUAUUGUCAAUGUCUCCUCCACCUCCUUUUCCUCAUCAGUCUUUCCAGUCUCUGAGACCCUACAAAAAAAAGUCAUGAUUGCUUCCCUUUCAUUCUUUGACAAGAUUUUUUUUUAAAUGUGGAAAUCUUCAAACAUGUUCACUGUAUUGUCUACAAUAAAAACCAUGAAUGAUUUUCAUUGUUUCAGUUAGAGUUCAAGGAUUUUGAAGCUCAUCUAUG